GGCGACAAGAGGAGAGUGCGGGACAACAUGUAUGUGCCGAUGAUAUUAGGCGGACAGGCCUUCAAGACUAAGGAGGAGCUGAUGAUCGAGAGGGCGGUCGAGAGCUGUGCCUUCAAGACGGGCUUGAGUUGUGUGAUGGGCUUCGGGUUGGGCGCCGCCAUCGGACUCUUCUCGGCCAGUGUUGGCCCAGACAUCACUUCAGUGGAACCGCAGACACAGACUGUGCGACAAGUGCUCAAAGACAUGAGGAUUAAGACCAUGUCUUACGCCAAGAACUUUGCCAUUUUGGGCGCUAUGUUCGCGGCCACCGAAUGCACCAUUGAAUCGUAUAGGGGAAAGACUGACUGGAAGAACGGCACAAUGGCUGGAGGGGUGGUCGGAGGGCUCAUCGGUCUCAGGGCGGGCAUCAAAGGGGGUCUCUUAGGCGCCGCCGGUUUCGCCGCCUUCUCCACAAUCAUUGACUACUAUUUGCGCUGAGAAUUAGUUUUGGCUUUAAAUUAAUGGCAUUUUAUAGCGUUUUAUAAUAAUGUAAUGUUUUCGUGAUUUCUGUAAAUAGUGUGUAAUAAAGAAAUAAAAGUCUAUUUUUAACAAAUUAUCAAA